AUGGUUCUUAAGUCAACAUCUGCUAGUGACGUACCCGUGUAUCAAGUUUCGGGCUCAAAUGUCUCGCGAUCGCUUCCAGAUUGGAUUGCGAAGAAGAGAAAGAGAUCCUUGAAGAAUGACCUUGAAUUCCAGAACAGAGUUGAGCUCAUACAGGAUUUCGAAUUCAGCGAAGCGUCUAAUAGAAUCAGAUGUUCAGUGGACGGGAAUUAUGUGAUGGCGACAGGCACAUACAAGCCACAAAUUCACGUCUACGACUUCGCGAAUUUGUCUCUCAAGUUCGAAAGGCACACAGAUGCGGAAAAUGUGGACUUUUUGAUUCUUUCCGAUGACUGGACGAAAAGUAUCCAUUUGCAAAAUGACAGAAGCAUACAGUUUCAAAAUAAGGGAGGUCUCUACUACACAACAAGGAUACCGAAGUUUGGACGCAGUCUGGCUUAUAACAAGGUAAACUGUAACCUUUACGUGGGGGCAAGCGGUGACGAGCUAUACAGACUUAACCUGGAACAUGGCAGGUUUCUCAACUCGUUCAAACUCGACUCAGAAGGAGUCAACCAUGUGUCUGUUGACGAGGUUAACGGGCUGACAGCAGUGGGUAUGGAGACCAACGUGGUCGAAUUUUGGGAUUCCAGAGCGCGGUCAAGGAUAGCAAAGUUACAACUUGAAAACAGCCUUGACAAUUCCCCAUUCCAAGUAACGUGCACCAGUUUCAAAAACGAUGGUCUAAAUUUUGCGUGCGGGACUUCCAAUGGAUACUCAUUUCUUUACGAUCUUCGGACAUCACAACCAAGUACCGUUAAAGACCAAGGCUAUGGAUUUGACAUUAAGAAAAUCAUUUGGCUUGACUCAGUUGGCACUGGGGCAUCGUCGGACAAAAUCUUAACCUGCGACAAGCGGAUAGCUAAAAUUUGGAAUAGAAGCGACGGAAGACCAUACGCCUCGAUGGAACCAAGUGUAGACAUUAAUGAUAUUGAGCAUGUGCCCGGAACAGGGAUGUUUUUCACCGCGAACGAGGGGAUUCCAAUGCAUACCUACUACAUACCAAAUUUGGGACCCGCUCCAAGGUGGUGUUCGUUCUUGGACUCGAUUACAGAGGAGCUGGAGGAAAAACCAAGCGACACAGUGUAUUCCAACUAUAAGUUCAUCACGCGCGAAGACGUUAAAAAACUGAACUUGACGCAUUUGAUUGGGUCUAAGGUGCUUCGGGCGUAUAUGCAUGGUUUUUUCAUUAAUACGGAACUGUACGAUAAGGUGUCGCUUAUCGCCAAUCCCAACUCUUACAGAGACGAGAGAGAAAGGGAAAUCAAGCAGAGGAUUGCCAAGGAGAGAGAAUCGAGAAUCCGUACAUCUGGUGCUGUUCAAAAACCCAAAGUCAAAGUCAACAAGGAAUUGGUUGACAGACUGUCGCAAAAACGUGGUGAAAAAGUUGCCGACAGUCUGCUCACCGAUGACCGUUUUGCGGAGAUGUUUGAAGAUGAACAGUUCGCCGUUGACGAGGACAAUUACGAUUACAAGCAAUUGAACCCUGUGAAGACUAGUAAAGAAACGGAAGAAGGCGCUCAGAAGAGAAUUAGAGCUCUAACCGCGGCGGAAGAGUCUGACGAGGAAAGAAUCAACUCAAGACGCGGCAACCAAGAAUCAGAAGAGUCUGAGGACAGCUCGUCCGAAAACGAAGAAACUGGUGCUGAAAACUCCCUCAACGCUGUAGGAAAGCAACAAAUUGCCAAACGCCAAGAUGCCGCGCAACGCAGGAAGCAGCAGCGCGAAGAAGAGCGUAAAUUCAUGGCUCAAAUGCGCGUGGGAAUCGAAGACGGGAAUGCGUUUAACGAUGGCGGGUCAACGUCAUUUGACAAGCAAGUUGCCAAAGCUCGUAAACAAGAGGCACAAGAUAAAGCCCAGAAAUCCAUCGUUCGCCGCAAUCUACGUGGCGAAGCUGAGCUAUCUUUCAUUCCUGCCAAGAAGACCAAGGGCCGCCAUAAAACGAAGCCCCAUGGUGAUGAUGAUGAUGCCACCGAAUCUGAAUCUCGUCGUGACAACGGAAUCGCGAAGGCUAGGCUAGAGGGAAGACGGAGGGCAAGCAAAAACGUGUUCCGUGGAAUGUAA